AUGGGGGACUGGAACUUGUUGGGCAGCAUCCUCGAAGAAGUGCACAUCCACUCCACCAUAGUUGGCAAAAUCUGGCUCACAAUCCUGUUCAUAUUCCGGAUGCUGGUUCUGGGAGUGGCCGCUGAAGACGUCUGGGACGACGAGCAGUCCGAGUUCAUCUGCAACACAGAGCAACCUGGCUGCAACAACAUCUGUUACGACAAAGCCUUCCCCAUCUCUUUGAUCAGAUACUGGGUACUGCAGAUCAUAUUUGUCUCCUCCCCGUCCUUAGUGUACAUGGGCCAUGCGCUCUACAGGUUGAGGGCGCUGGAGAAAGAGCGGCAGCACAGGAAAGCCCACCUGCGGGCUCAGCUCGAGGACCUGGAGCCCACGCUCGAGCAACACAAGAGAGUGGAGAGAGAACUGCGUAAGCUGGAGGAACAGAAGAAAGUGAACAAGGCACCCCUGAGAGGGUCCCUGCUGCGCACCUAUGUCCUACAUAUCCUGACCCGGUCGGUGGUCGAAGUGGGCUUUAUGAUAGGUCAGUAUCUUUUAUACGGGUUUCACAUGUCUCCCCUUUACAAAUGCACUCGCCCCCCCUGCCCUAACACGGUGGAUUGUUUUGUGUCCCGACCCACAGAGAAGACCAUCUUUAUGGUUUUCAUGAACAGCAUCGCCGCAGUCUCCCUCUUCCUCAACAUCCUCGAAAUCGCCCACCUGGGCGUCAAGAAGAUCCGGACGAGCCUGUGCGGGCAGCCGCAGUGGCCGGCGGGCCCCUCGGAGGAGGACCCCGGCCUGUACAACUCCAAGAAGAGCUCGGAGCGCGGCGACUCCCCGGACAGCGGGCACUGCCCGGGCACCCGCAAGUCCAGCUUCCUCUCCCGCGUCCUCACCGGGAGCCGGGCGGGCAGCGACAGCGAGAGCACCGCCUCCCGCGGCGGCUCCGGCCCCGGCCUCUGCCUCGGCCCCGGCUCCGGCUCCGGCUCGGAGGGGAAGCGCCGCGAGGAGGGCGCGCCCAGCCCGCCGCCCGCAGCCUCGGGACGCCGCGUGUCCAUGGCAAGUAGCGCCCGGGACGGCCCGCGGGAGGGGGGCGGCGGGGGGCCGCGGCACCCUGUGCCGGCCCUGGGGAGGAGGGGGCGAGCCACGGGGCAGAACGGCUCGGGCAGGACUUCCAGCACGGCCCCAGCGCCUCGCGGCCUCCCGGACAAAGCCAAGCUCCCAAACGCUCGGCGUCCUUCUGCGGUGAAAGCAGGAACACCAGGGAAUUACUGA